AUGCCGAUGCACAAGGGCAUCCUGCCGCGUGAAGGUCUGUGUGCCGACGUGGUUCUCAAGCUCGUUCGCAGAACACUUCUGAAUCCGAACCUCCUGCUGCCUCUGCUUCUGCUUGCCCGCUAUACCAAGAAGGGCCGAGACCUCUCGAUCCUGCAUCCCAAGGCGGCCCGGAGGCUUAGGCUGCUCUUCUACGUUGCCGUGGCGCGUGGGCUCAGCGGUUGGCUCUCAGACAAAGUCCGCAACAACUGGGUCGGCGACAGGUAUGACUGGUCCAAGGAGAUUGUGCUCAUCACGGGCGGCGCGGCAGGAAUCGGCGCCUCGAUAGUGAAGCUGCUGGACGAGCUCAAGGUCAGGGUGGUGGUGCUGGACGUCCAGCGAAUGACAUAUACGGCCUCCUCCAGAGUCCACCACUUCUACUGCGACAUUAGGUCGCCAGCAAACGUGGCCGCCGUCGCCGAAAGGGUAAUCGGCCAGAUCGGGCAUCCCACGGUUGUCAUCAACAACGCCGGCGUCGUCCGCGGGAAGACCAUUCUAGCUGCCACGCCCGAGGACGUGAGGCUCACGUUUGACGUCAACGCCUUGGCCCCUUUCUGGGUGGCCAAGGCCUUCCUGCCGCACAUGGUGGCUCAGAACCACGGCAUGGUUGUGACGGUGACAUCCUUUGCCUCGUGGGUCACGGUCCCCAACUUGGUAGACUACGCGGCGUCCAAGGCUGCGGCCAUGUCGUUCCACGAAGGGCUUUCAGCUGAGCUCAAGACUCGAUACAACGCCCCCAAGGUCCGCACCGUGGUGGUCCAUACCGGAGCUUCCAAGACGGCGCUUUUCACCGGCUUCAACCAGGGGGCGCCCUUCCUACUGCCGUCACAAGAGCCCGACUCCAUUGCCGAGGCAGUCGUGAAGCAGAUCCUCAGCGGGCGGAGCGGUCAGGUCAUCAUGCCAGAAGCUGGAGGGAUGCUCCCCGCCUUGCGAGUGUACCCGGAUUGGCACUCGUUCCGCGUCCGAAGCAGAGGCCAGAGAUCCAUGCUCAACUAUAACGGACGACAGGUCAUUAAGGAUCCAGCUGCACCCUUUGAGGCCAACGACAGCACGGAGCCCGUCUCCACGGCAUGA